CCGCCAGGGGCCGGGAAACCGCAGGCCGGAGCGAGACCUUGGCCGCCUGGUUACGCAGCGCAGCCGGGGCCAGGACCAGACGCCCCGCCCGGCCGCCCGCCCUCGGGGAGUCCGCCCCGGCCCGAAAGGGUUAACGCGCCGCUCCCGCCCGCCCAAGGUUCCCGAAAAGGGAAGGUGCGAGGUUUGAGGAGAAAAAUGACGGAUCAAAGCCGGGCGAUACUUCCUGCUGCGGGGACGCCGUAUAAAAAGUCGCGCGCCCGGCUGCAGAGGCGCACGCUCGGCCGCCCCGUCCGGUCCCCGCCGCCGCGAUGCUGAGCCCCGCGCUGGGCUGCGCGCUCCUGUUCCUGGACAUCUCCAUUCAGUGGACCACCCAGGAAACCGUUCCUCCCAAAUACCUUCAUCAUGACCCAGAGACCUCUCGCCAGCUCAUGUGCGACAAAUGCCCUCCGGGCACCUACCUAAAACAGCACUGCACGGCGAGGCGGAAGACCGUGUGUGCUCCGUGCCCCGACCACUCCUACACAGACAGCUGGCACAACAGUGAUGAGUGUCUGUACUGCAGCCCAGUGUGCAAGGAGCUGCAGUUCGUCAAGCAGGAGUGCAAUCGAACGCACAACCGCGUGUGUGAGUGUGAGGAAGGGCGCUACCUGGAGCUGGAGUUCUGCUUGAAACACAGGAGCUGCCCUCCCGGACUUGGCGUGCUGCAGGCUGGAACCCCGGAGCGGAAUACAGUCUGCGCAAGGUGUUCGGAUGGCUUCUUCUCCGAUGAGACGUCGUCUAAAGCGCCCUGCAGAAAACACACGAACUGCAGCGUACUUGGCCUCCUGCUAACUCAGAAAGGAAAUGCGACAAGCGACAGCAUAUGUUCUGGAAACAGUGAAACGACUCCAAAAUGUGGAAUAGACGUUACGCUAUGUGAGGAGGCUCUCUUCAGAUUUGCUGUUCCUCCGAAGUUUACGCCUAACUGGCUCAGCGUCCUGGUAGACAAUUUGCCUGGAAUCAAAGUCAACACAGAAAGCAUAGAGAGGAUAAAACGACGACACAAUUCACAAGAGCAAACUUUCCAGCUGCUGAAGUUAUGGAAGCAGCAAAACAAAGACCAAGAUAUGGUUAAGAGGAUCAUCCAAGAUAUUGACCUCUGCGAAAAUGGGGUGCAGCGGCACAUUGGGCAUGCAAACCUCACCUUUGAGCAGCUUCGCAGCUUGAUGGAAAGCUUACCAGGGAAGAAAGUUGGAAUAGAGGACAUUGAAAGAACAAGAAAGACAUGCAAAUCAACUGAGCAGUUUCUGAAGCUGCUCAGCUUGUGGCGAAUAAGAAAUGGUGACCAAGAUACUUUGAAGGGCUUGAUGCAUGCGCUCAAACACUUGAAAAUGUACCACUUUCCCAAAACUGUCACCCACAGCCUGAGGAAAACCAUCAGGUUCCUCCACAGCUUCACCAUGUACAGACUGUACCAGAAGCUGUUUCUGGAAAUGAUAGGAAACCAGGUGCAAUCAGUAAAAAUAAGCUGCUUAUAACCGGAAACGGUCACUGGACUCUUUCCUCCCAAUGGGCCAGAUCUGCUGGGUGAUUAGACGGUUUCUCAGGCACCUGGGGGAGAACAGCGAUUUCUUUCUCAUCACCAAUGCCUAAUUUUGCCACAGGGCACUAAAAGAAACUAUGAUGUGCAGAAAGAACUAAUGUCUCCCCGAAAUUUCAGUAAAUCCCAAAGAAUUCAUCCAACUGUCAGAUCUGGCCUGGUACCUACUGAACAUACUUUCUCCAUUACUGCUUGCAGUAAUUCAACUGGAAUUAAUAAUAAUGAUGAUAAUAAUAACUAGACUCCAUUGUACCUUUCUAAAUAUGGGAAUGUCUGACUUUAAUAGCUUUGAGAUUUCAGCUGCGCUAGAGGCUUUUAUUAGAAAUCAUAUUUUUUUUCUGCAAAAGUUGCUAAUAUAUCUGUAACACUAUUACAGUAUUCUAUUUAUAUUCAUUCAGAUAUAAGAUUUGUACAUAUUAUCAUCCUAGAGAGAAAUGGUGUAAGACUUAAUUUUAGGAAGAAAAAUAUAUUCUGUUUAUUAUUAUGACAAAUGAGAGAGAUAAAAUAUAUUUUUUAAUGGAAACUUUAUAGGAUUUUCUAAUAGGUAUUGCUAUUUUUCCUGUGUGGAGUGUUUUUACAAUUUAAUUUUAUCUGUAUAGGCUGUAAUAUCAUUUUAUAGAAAAUGCAUUAUUUAGUCAAUUGUUUAAUGUUGGAAAGUGUAUGAAAUAUGUUAUCUGAAUAUCAGAUGCUCUGAGAAAUUGAAUGUACUUUAUUUAAAAGAUUUUAUGGUUUUACUAUAUAUAAACAACAUUAUUAAAGUUUUCAAAUUAUUUUUUA